AUGCAGGCGCUCAACGUGCAAGUCAAGGAGGCGUUCCGCCGAGCGCUCCUCGCGGCCUUCCCCUCCGUUGAUCAUGCCCCGAUCAUCGCAAUUUCGAAGUUCGGCGAUUUUCAGUGCAACAGCGCCAUGGCCCUCUUCAAGCAGAAGAGCAAAGAUGAACUCGGCGUUCAGUCGCCCAAGGAGGCUGGCGAGAAGAUUGCAGAGCACUUGAAAGGCGAACCCCUUUUUUCCAAUGUCCAGGCGUCCCCACAAGGUUUCGUCACGGUGGACGUCGCCGGCGACUGGCUGAGUCAAGACCUGAAACAAGUUCUUCGCCAGAAAGGGCCGUUGCAGCUUCCGCACGCGGAUAAAAAGCUGCGCGUCAUGGUUGAUUUCUCCUCUCCUAAUGUUGCCAAGGAAAUGCAUGUCGGACACCUGCGAUCGACAAUCAUCGGCGAGUCCAUCUGCCGCAUUCUGGCCUUUCACGGCCACGAAGUUCAGCGAAUCAAUCACAUCGGCGACUGGGGCACCCAAUUCGGGAUGCUCAUUGAGUAUCUCCACAGCCAAUUCCCCGACUAUAAGGCGAACAUGCCCGACAUCAGCGACUUGAACGCGUUCUACAAGAAAGCAAAGGCCUCAUUUGACGCCGACGAUGGCUUCAAGGCGAGGAGCCGAGAAAUGGUUGUGAAGCUGCAGGGUGGCGACGAAGCGGCGCUGGAGUCCUGGCGUCUCAUCUGCGAUGUGAGCCGACACGAAUUCGAGAAGGUGUACAAGAGACUGGACGUGACUCUGGAAGAGCGCGGCGAAAGCUACUACAACCCAGCGAUCCCCAAAGUCGUCCAGGAACUCACAGACAAAGGGAUGAUCACCGUGUCCGACGGGGCGAAGUGUGUCUUCACACGCGUCAGCGAGGUGCCGCUGAUGGCUGUGAAGAGCGACGGAGGCUUCGGCUACGACUCCACAGACUUGGCAGCCAUCCGCGAUCGCCUCGUGGAGCGUCAAGGCGACUGGUUGAUUUACGUCACGGAUUUGGGCCAGGAGGAACACUUUGCGAAGAUCUUCGCCGCUGCAGAGCAAGCCGGUUGGCAUACCCCCCCCGAGACCCGCGUGGACCACAUGGGUUUUGGCGUCGUGCAAGGCCAAGACGGGAAACGAUUCAAGACGCGAAGCGGCGAGGUGGUGAAACUCGUGGACCUUCUCGACGAGGCGAAGAUGCGCGCGCUGAAGGAGCUGCAGCGGCGAAAGGAAGAAGAAAAGGAGGAAGAAGAAAAACGCGAAAGCGGCGACGGCUGUUCGUGUGGCACAGGCACUGCGGUAGCGGACGAGGAGAUGGACAAGGCCGCGGAAGCUAUCGGCUAUUCGGCCGUUAAAUAUUUUGAUUUGAAGCAAAAUCGCCAUACGGAUUACAAAUUCUCGUACGACCGCAUGCUCGACCCGAAAGGCAACACAGCCGUGUACAUGAUGUACGCGUACGCGCGCAUUUGCGCGAUCUUCAGGAAGGCCGGUGUCGAUAUUUCCACUCUCGAUCCAGAGGAGCUGAAAAUCGAGGAACCGGCGGAACGGAAACUCGCUGUGACUCUGGCUCAGUUCCCAGACGUGUUGGCCACCAUCGUGGAGGACUUGCACAUUCACCGGUUGGCCGAAUACAUGUACAAGGUCUCAGGCGCAUUCACGGACUUUUAUCAAGCCUGCAAAGUGUUGGGAGGUCGUCAGCAAAAUACCCGCCUUCUGCUGUGUGAAGCAACGCGGAAAAUUCUCCAAGCAUCUUUCUAUCUUCUCGGCAUUACGCCUCUUGAGCGCAUCUAG